GGAAAACUAUAAUCACCUCCAUUAGUGAUUACUGUAUUAUAUAUCAAAUGGUAGCUAGUUUAUCACAUAAGUACUGCUAGAAGUACAUUACUAGUUAAGGUAGACAGGUAGCAGCCAGACCAGAAGCGGCCGGGCGCGGGACGCUUCAAUUCCCUCCUAGAUCCUCCGAUCCCCCUUGUAUGGCGGAAAAGCCCGAUAGCCAGCGAUAGGCGCCUAUGAAAAUGGACGGGGCAGCCUACUUUAGUUCACCAAUGAGUGAUUUGGUCAAAAAUGGACGGGGCAGCCUACCCAGGCCAUAACUUUCGUCUUUCACCAACAGAAGAUUCUCCCCAGCUUCUGGUUUAAUUUUCAAGCUCUCUCCAUCACAUUCUUUAGUUCAAUUUCAGCAUUUGUACAAUUAGAAGACACUCAAAAGCAAGCUUUUGAUCCUGUUUCAAGCAUUUUAUUGUCCAGUUAAUAAAAUGAUAUAAAAUCUAGGAUUACACUGAGAUCACUUGACUAGGCCAUAAAUUCCCAUAUGGGAUUUUACAGCAAUGAUUUCCCAGCAGAGCAAUGUGUUAUAGAAAAUGGCCGGGAAAGAUAGAAAAUGUCUCACCCUUACGCUUGCCCAUUUUGGGAGCUUGUUACAUACAGUGGCUUCUUUAACCACACGCUUCCAGGAAACACCAUCAUAUUUAUAUCGCUCAAGCUUCUUUUAUCAUUCUCUUCAAAGGGUUCAAAGCCGAACCUCACAGUCCAUGUCUCCACUAAACUGGGAAUUGCAGAAAGCACCAGAGUCUCCACUUUCAAGGAUUUUAGCAUCUAGGGCCACAUUCAGGCUCGGCAUGUGCAUCGCGGACAAUACCAACUCCCUUCUGGAAGUUCCUGAAUCCAGCAAGUCAUAACUUUGAUUAAUGAAUCCGUUCCUUUAUGUUCAAAUCAAGAUAUCAUCUCAUUCCGUUGAAGAGAAAGCAAUACUUGUUAAACUGCAGUAACCGUAAGUCGUAACUCAACUAAGUAGAAGUAGCAUUGUAUUUAACAUAUGCAAGAGCUGGCAUCCCAUGAGACGAUGAUAGCUUUAGCCACUUCUGUAAUAAUUUUUAGCAUGACAGUUUUAAUUUAUGCAAAUGUUCUUAAAAUUAUCACAUUUUUAACGUGAAACAGUCUCAUGUUGGCUUUUAUAGUUUUAUUUGCAAACUUACAUACUUAAAAGA